CUAUACACACACACACACACACACACACACACACACUCCAAAGCCUCGGCACAGAACGAAACAUAAAUACAUUUUGGAAAAACGAGAAAAGGAAGUCGUAGAAACGAGAAAAAAAAAUAAAAAUUAACCGCAGAUUCUCGAAGAUGAUAGCAAGAUGCUGGGUCGUUUAUUUACUUCUACACCUGACAUGCAAAGUGUCUCUGCAGAACUCUGCAAAUAAAUUUAUUCGUGUUGUUGGAGACUCCGUCACUUUGCCAUGCAUAUAUGAGAACCAACAUCCAAGUACUAAUGUAUUAUGGCGAUUCAAUGUAAGCAAGAAAGUGGUAAAUAUUAUAAAUGGCAAUAGCAUAACAGAAAAGCAGGAUGAAAUGUUCAAGAAUCGAACAGAAAGUUUCCCUUCAGAGUAUGCAAAGGGAAACUACUCAAUUGAGCUUAAAGAUCUGAAGUUGACUCAUGCAGGAAACUACACUUGUUUUUUACAAAAGACAAAUGAGGAAAAGAAGAUACAGCUUUUUGUCAAAGAAAAGCCUGAAAAGCCAACAGAAAAGCCUGAGAAACCAAUUCAAAACCAAAGAAACUCAUGCAUGGAAACAGAGUCACUGAAGAUUAUGACUUUCUUAAUUGCUCUACUGUCACUUUUUCAUGUCUAAUAUUAAUACCACAACUGACAAUUACAAUGCUGUUACAAUAUAGGAAUACAAGCAAUUCAUUGCAGAGAUAAAGUGCCAUUUUUGAAACAUUACAAACGGUGUACCCAUGCUGACUGAUACACACACAAACCGCAUACACGGAAAGCAGCCUUUCAGACACAAUCCAGAAUUCAGUGCUCUUUCGCAGCUUUUUGCAUUUGAAUGGUCAUACAGCUACACUAUAUAACUUUUUGAGGUUUAAAAAUAAAACAUAUUUUAAACACAGGUUAUGCAGUGAUUUGAUUACAUUUGAUUAUUUAAUUUCUGUAUUAUUUCGUAUAUGAAUGCUACUGUCAAACAACUUAUUAAUAUCUUGAAGUGUCAUGAAGUAUCGUAUCAUGAAGUAAUUUGGUCAUAUUGGCCUAUAUCUGUUUAUCUUCAAAGUGUGUUCAUUUUUUUGUUACAUUCUGCUAAACCAUUAAAAAUUAAAUGAUGUAUUUAAAAAAAUAAAUACAUAAUGUGUUCUUAAUUCAGGUCUGCACAAGUUGUGAUUGUUACAUUCAUUUGGAGGGUUUUCUCACCGAUUACCUGCAGAAACUUUGACUGGCAGCUGUAUGAAUUUAUGAAUGAAGAUAUUUCAGUCACUGAAACCUUGAGCACAUGUUAUAACUUAGGGGGUAGUUCUGAGUAGAGUGUGUUUUGUGGAGUUGCAUUUCCAUCACCUGCAUUAUUGUCAACUUAAAGUUAUAUUCAUGUUCAUAAUGGCAUUCCAUGUGAAAUUGUAUGCAUUGGCAAAUAAUAGGUCUGCAAAAAGUGGGUGUUACAGAAUGAAAUCAUGUUGUUGAAGAGGACAGAUUAAAGGAAUUUUAUAGGAUUUAUAGUUGACAAGAAAAGUUGUUUUAGAGGUGGAGCAUGAAAGUUUGCAAUAUCUAUUAUUCUUUGUAAUAAUGUCUGCCAUGUAUAUAACAGUAUGUAAGGUACAUCAUCAUUUUAUACUCUUCUGUAAUUACACAUUUUGGAGAUGCUCUUUGAGAGCACCUGCUGGUGGCUUCCCCAAACAGCAAAUAUACAGAUUUUCUCACAGCCCCUGAUUUGAAUAUGUGGUCAGUGAUAUUGUGAUUUUGCCUAUAUUAUAUACAUAAGUGCAGAUUUCACUGUAAUAUUGUUCCAUUCAAAAAUGAGCUUGUGUGUUAUCGAUCAUUAAAAUACAUGGAAAACAAAAUGCUCUUAUUCCAUCCUGUGUGUGGUUGUUUGUCUUGUAGUUUAACACUACAGUGGUUUUGUCAUUCUAAAAACCAACAUGGUAAGCUUCCCAAGUUUUUGAGAAAAACCCAAUUAGUAGUGUAAUGUUUAAUAAUCCUUUCUUAUUUUCAAUUUUUUUUUUUUGUCUUUGGAUGUCUUUUUCAAAAAAUGACAAUUUAUAGUUGUCCAAAAGGUAUUUUGUUAACUUUUAAUUUUACCUUUAAAGUGCAGCUGGCUCAGGUCUGACCUUGUAUGAUGUCAAAUUAACUGGAAAAAAGGAUGAAUAAAUAAAAGUGCUGUGUGAGCAUGUGUUCAGCUCUGACUUCCCCUCUGGUCUGUGUGGUCGAGGUUUCAUCUAAAGCUCAGUAAUGUUUCCGCUCACAGUAAGAGAUGUUUGAAUGAUCACAGUAUAGAAGAUAUUCAUCUGGAUCAGACGAUGAAGAUCAUCCAGCUUCAGAUCUAUCUGUUGAUGUGGUCUCAAGUCACAGAGAGUCUAACAAACACAGCAGUAACUUUAGGAGCUGAUGUGAUUAUAAGCUGUGAUCUUGAUAUAGAGGAGAUUUACUGGUACAAACAGAAAUCACCGGAUCCUCCAGAGUUGAUGUUACGCACUUUUGAUAGCACAUAUGAAGAAGCACAAUAUGAAAACAGCAUCUUCAAACUCAAAUACUCAGUGAAAACUAACAGCCGUCUGUUCAUCAGAAAUAUCACCGCUGAUGAAUUAGGAGUUUAUUAUUGUGUCAAAACUAGUGAACCACUUAAAUUCAGCAACGGCACCAGAAUCUACAUCACUGACUCAGUCCACGAGAAUCAGACAGAAUCACAACAGGAGACACCAUGGAGAAACCUGACCAUCAUCACAUCUGUCCUGAAUGUGCUUCUGAUCGUUGCAUUAAUAGGUUUGGGAACGAGCUAUCUUCAGGCAAGAAGAUUUAAAAAUAGCUCAGAGAACCCUCAAAGUACCACAACAGCUCAUUACUCAAACGAUUCACAGCAUGCUGCGGUUGAUUUGUCCAUGCACCCCAGUGAAAACACGCCUUGCCAGGAACAGGCCAUCUACUAUCUUCUCCAGCCAGUUAAAAGUAUGACGUAACAUGCAUUAUAAAUAUAAUGUACAUAUACAAAUAUAUAUUAAAGUUUUCCAAACAUUU